AUGGUCGAUCGCUGGAUGUUGUGGGGGCUGUUCGCGGGACGAGCUGGAAAGUUUGUUCGAUCCUGGACCACGUUGGACCGCCUUGGGCCGCCUGACGUCCACAUCGGUCAAGAGGCUGGAAAGCAUCGUGUCCCAGACGAUUGGCUUGUCAUGACCCUGCGCUUACGACAGGGCGCCUUUUCCACCGCGUUGGGUCUCUGCUUAUCGGACCCGGUGGCCCAGUUGACGAUGAGGAUCGGCUUCGAGACUUCCAGUCCCGAGCGACCCAGACGGACACAGGCCGCAGUUCAUGACCCAAAAUGCCUUCACCGUGCAGGGAUCGACUGCGGGAAAAAAAAAGCAAAUGAUGACCCAGUCGCGGGUCUACUUCACUUAUCUCCCACUUCAACCACUCGAGAGCAGGCGGGAGACGAAGAGAGGGCGGGCCUGACGACUUGA